AUGACCGAAACAUAUCCAGUAGCGAUCAUCGGAGGAGGCCCAGUUGACCUGGUAUCUUCGAUCCUGUUAUCCCAGCAAAGAAUCCUUCAUGUGGUGUUCGAGCGUCAUCCAUUAACCUCAAUUCAUCCGAAAGCCUGUGGCAUGAAUAUGCGCACCAUCGAGGUCUUCCGCCAACUGGGUAUCGAAGAUCAAGUCCCGGAACAGCGCGCACCACCCGAGAUUGUGAGCCGAACAGCCUGGUACACCAACCUUGGACUCAAUGGUCUAGAGAUUAUCGGACGGGACGUGUGGGGAGGAGGGAAAUACGUCGUAAUCGCCCAGAUCCGCCUGGAACCUAUCCUGCUUCAGCAUGCCAAGAAGUUGAAUUCGCAUGGGAUCCACCACGGGGUGGAAGUAACGGACGUUGAGGAGGAUGGUGACCAUGUGAGCUUGACCAUCUGUGCGAAGGGCAAGUCAGAGGCUCGCAAAGUCAAGGCCCGCUACGUCGUCGGGGCAGAUGGUGGACGGGCAUUGACCGAUAACCUCGGAAUCAAGUGGGAGGGAGAAAAGGACAUUGUAGAGCUGGUCUCGGCGCAUUUCAAAGCACGCAUCAGUUUGCAUCACCCGGACCCUCGGGUGUUCAUCACCUGGUUUAUUGACCCAAAGCAAGGCGGGAGCAUCAAAACGGGGUAUCUCUACCACCUUGGUCCGUAUCCAAGCAUACCAGACAGAGGAGUGAUCCCGAAUCUGGAGGUGGAGAUCAAAAGCAUCGAUCAUUGGCGCGUUUACAGCAUUGUUGCGGAGCGAUACCGAAGUCCCAAGGGCUGCAUCUUCGUCAUUGGCGACUCUGCUCAUCGUAUACCGCCAUGGGGAGCUCUUGGCUUGAACUCGGGGAUUCAAGAUGCAUACAAUGCGAUUUGGAAACUUGGCAUCGCCGUGCGAGGCGAGGAUGCGCCACGCUGGGACGGUCUACUCGAUACAUAUGAAACAGAGCGUCAUCCCAUCGCGCUACGCGUUGCACGGACGAGCCUGCACAACCUGAGGUCACAUUCGUCCGUCAUGGAUCGAGCAUUGGGAUUCACACCCCAGCAUGAUAAUGAAACCAACGUCAGAGCCCUCCAGAGCUUUUUCAACCCUCUAGACGCUGAUUAUUAUGCCCGGCGUCGAGCGGUCUACAUGGCUCUGGAGACCCUGGACAGCGAGUUCCACGCGCUGGGUGCGGAAACCGGUUGGUUUUACCCGGAUAUCGACAGAGAAAGUCAGAGGAGUUCUCCGGAUCAUGGUGGGCAACUUCUUCCAAAUGACGAGUUGGAUUGCAUAGAAUAUUAUGCCUCCAUCUUACCAGGUCACAAUUUGCCUCAUGCAUGGCUCGAAAGAGACGGUGUCACUCUUUCGACCCGAGAUUUGCUCCUACCUGAUAGGUUCUUGUGGCUCACAUCGGAGCCAUACUACGGACCCCAUGUAGUGAAAAUCAUUGAAAGGGCUUGCCCAGCUUUAAUUCCGUAA